ACAACAAACAAACAUUCGCGAAUAUAUAACUAUUCGUAUGUAAAAACGUAUAUAUUUGGUAUGUACUUGUAAACAACUUAAUCAAUCAGCCAGCAAUGAUGAAGCGAUUUACAACUACCGCAACGCUCUUGAUCUUUGCUAUCGUGACUGCCGUCUGGCUACCGUGGACUGCCGUUAGUGCGUUGGCUGAGUCCUCAACCUUGCAAACGGCUAAGCAGUGGAAGCUGUUCACCUAUAAUUUCUUACCGCAUGCACCCAUACACGAUUUGAACUUCUACAAUCCAUCCAAUGUGCUGGCAACCGGUAUUACUGUUUCCCACGACCGGAUUUUCAUUGCGACGCCGAAAUUGUUCUCUGGCGUUUCGUCGACCGUGAAUGUCGUCUCGAAGGCGGAGUUCGGCGAUUCACCAGUGCUUCAGGCUUACCCAGAUUGGUCAUUUUCAACAACCGGUCGCACAGAUUUCAAUUGUAGCGACUUAGUUUUGGUGUCUGUCUACCGCAUGCGUAUCGAUUCGUGCAAUCGUUUAUGGCUUUUAGAUGCUGGUGUUUCACGCUCACUCGAAGACUUUGAAGUCACUUGUCCGCCAAAGAUUUUAAUUAUCGACUUGAAUACCGAUCAAGUGGUGCGACGUGUAGACUUUCCUAAGGAGAUACUACGUGGCGAGUCGUUGUUCACAAAUCUGGUCAUUGACGAGACGACAGCGAAACAUGGCAACUGCGAUGAUGUGUUUGCGUACAUAACGGACACUGUGGAGCCUGGGAUCAUCGUUUACGAUAGCGGACGCGAUGUUACCUGGCGCGUUUCACAUCCUGCUAUGUAUCCCGAUCCAGAUUUUGCGCAGUCAGAGAUUCUCAACGAUCGCUUCAUACUAAUGGAUGGCGUGGUGGGUUUAGCAUUCGAUCACAAAUUGGGUGUGGUAUACUUCCAGCCGCUGGCAACUGAUCGCUUAUUCUCCGUCACCAAAGAAGUAUUGCGUGCCGGCCCGCUUGCGCAAAAUGAAAUACUUAAAGUGAAAUUGGUCGGUAAGAAAUCUUCACAAGGCAUCGGACUCACCGUAUCGCCAGUGGAUGGUAGCAUUAUUUUUAGUCCACUUACUGAAACUGCAAUCGCUGCAUGGAAUCCACGCAAUAACAAUCAACUUGUGCUCGCUCACGAUCGCGAACGCCUGCAAUUUGUUGCCGAUAUGGCAACAACACCACAUGAGCCAGGCGUUAUCUAUGCUGUUUCAUCGAAAUUCCAUCGAUUCUUUUUGAAAAAUCUCAACCACAAUGAAGUGAAUAAUCGUGUGCUUCGUUUGCGCUUAACCAACGAUUACGUGUCAACACACGGCGCUAUCGGCGCUCAGCCCUAUGAUUUACAUACGAUCAACAAAGCUUCCAACUACUUCGGAAGUCCAUAUAAAAAAAAUUCUUUGGAUCAAACGAAUGUUAUUGGUUACGGCAAUUACAUCUACAAUAGUUUACAUGCUGGGGUUAAGUCCCAACCGCCCUAUAACUUCGAAACUGUCGGGUUAAUCAAUUUCUCUCUGCGAAACCCCUUCACUGCUCUUAAUGCGGGCGAAGCUUUUCCGCCGCGCAAAGAACAACGUUCGAAUGAUCAACGGCCUUCGUAUUUGGAUAGCUUGAAUGGUGAGCGAAGCACUGCUAGUCCAGAUCUACGUUACCACAUACCAACAACAACAUUAUCUCCAAUACUUCACAGCGGUCAGCACACGUCGAUUCCAUUCAGUGUCGAAUACGAUCUGCCGCGUCGUAUACGUAAUGCUGAAGGACAAGAAAUAAUAAAAGGGGCCAUAGAGUCAACCACUGUGAAGCAGUGAUGGCGAGCGGUAUUGAGGUUGGUACACUGGCGUGCCUUAGUAACUACUUAGCAUUUAUUCGGCUGUCGAAAACAGUGUGUACUAUGUGCAACUGUUUAGAAGCAUAACUUGUGUAUUGUGUGUGCAUACAUACGUUGUUAUACUCAUAUACAUAUGUACAUAUAAGUAUUCAAAAUUGGUAGUUCAUUUAGUAAAACUUAUUUUUGUAUGUAAAUGUAUCUACGUAUACAAAUACAAAGAAGUGUAUAUAAGUAAAUAAGAAGUUGUUUAUUCUAAGUGUGCAUAAAUUGAUUCGAGUUAAUUCAAUCACAAACAAUAAAAAUCAGCUAAUUUGUAUUGUAAAUAAACUAAUAAAAUAAUUUAUA